AUGAAACAUGUAUGGGCGAGUAGUAAAAUUGUGUCAUCGCCUUUUGAAAAUAUAGUGGUUCCGGAUAUGCCUAUAUCUGAAUAUGUGUGGACAAAUGUCGAGAAAUGGUCAAAUAAAACUGCAAUGGUAUGCGCUGUAACUAACAGAAAAUAUACUUAUAACGAAAUAUAUAAGCAAUCGCGAACAUUUGCAGCAAACUUGAGAAAGAAAUUCGAUAUAAAAGAUGGUGAUCCCGUUAUUGUUAUGUUACCUAAUAUACCAGAAUACGCCACCGUGACAUUGGGUGUUCUAACAGCUGGAGGCCUCGUAUCUACAUUGAAUCCUAUUUAUACCACUUAUGAAGUUCAAAGACAAGUAUCUAUGUCACGACCUAAAUUAGCAAUAGCCGUUCCUGAGACUGCACAAACGCUAAACGAAGCUUUAAAACAAAAUAAUCUCAAUACACCAAUUGUCGUAGUUGACACGUUUCAUGAUCGGCCCAAUGAUACCGUGUCUUUCAAGGAAAUAGUGGAAAAUGACAUUGAUUUAGAUAUUUUAAAGGAUGUGAGAAGGACAGGAGAUGAUGUGUCCCUUUUACUUUAUUCAAGUGGUACUACAGGAUUACCUAAAGGUGUUGAAUUGACCAAUAAAAAUAUUAUAGCUAAUUGUGAGCAACAGAAUGUUACAAAUAUUCAAUAUCACACUGAUACCUCAGACUCUAAUCAAGACACUAUCCUCGCAUAUUUGCCUUUUUUUCAUUCUUAUGGCAUGUCAGUGAAUUUAAUUCACAAGUUAUCUGUCGGAUUGCAGAUACUGACUCUACCAAAAUUUCAACCUAAUACCUUUUUGGAUGCAUUUGACAGAUUUAAAAUUAAUAUGAUCUAUAUGGUUCCGCCAACAGUUUUUUUUUUGGCAACAAGCCCAGAAGUUAAGCCGGAAUAUUUCGAAAAGUUAAGAUGUGCUACUACAGGCGGGGCACCUGUAGCGAUGGCUGACAUUCAUAGAUUUUUAGACAAAAUUGGUCAUGAAAUACAUUUCGGACAAGCGUAUGGACUUACUGAAACCGGGCCGCUUGCGACGUUAGCGCCUGUCGGUUUAAAGGAAUAUACCUCGGUUGGCUGUGCUCUAUCGAAUGUGGAGUUAAGAGUGGUGGACGAUCAAUUGAAUAAUCUAGGCCCUAAUGAGUUAGGUGAAUUGCUUAUCAAAGGACCAAAUGUCAUGAAAGGAUACAAGAACAAUGAAGAAGCCAAUCGUCAGACCUUCAUUGAUGGAGAUUGGUUUCGGACGGGAGAUCAAGCGAAAAUAAAUGAAAAUGGAAGAGUCUAUGUUGCUGAUAGAUUAAAGGAAUUGAUUAAGGUAAACGCUUAUCAAGUACCACCAGCAGAAUUAGAGAGUCUGCUUAAGGAACAUCCUGCAAUACUAGACGCAGCUGUGAUUGGAAUUCCAGACAAAGUAACAGGGGAAAAACCUAAAGCCUUCAUAAUAUUAAAUAAAGGAGCUAAUGUUACGGAGAAGACUGUAAUGGACUAUGUCUCAGAAAGAGUCUCGCCGUACAAAAGAUUAAAAGAAGUACAGUUCGUUGAAACCAUUCACAAGAAUCCUACAGGAAAAAUAUUGAGAAGACUACUUCGCGAAGAACAUUCAAAGAAG